AUUUUCCGCACACAGGACCACUGUUGUUGCGUGUGUGGAGGAGAGCACAAACGAGGCAAGAAGCGAGAAGCAAAGCAAGCGACGAUGGAUGGCAGUGUUGGUGUGGGCGGAAGGGGCCCACUGGAUGAGGAAAGGAAAGGGGCAGAGAUGGAUGUGGAUGCUGUGAUGGCUCUCCUCGCUGGAUCGCCAGAGGUUGUGGAGAAGCGCAGGCAGAUUCGCCGGGUCAUCGAAGCAGACGAAGUCAUGAGCGUGGACGACUACUACUUCUGUGAUCGCACUCGCAGGUAUGAGCGGGCGCUUGAAAAGACCGUGCGGUUCGUACAGCUGGUGCGCAUGCACGGGUGGAAGGACCAGGACGCCAUCUAUGCUCGCCGCUGUAUCCGGGAACAGCUGCCUGUCGGGCUCCACUGGGCCAUGUUCAUUCCUUGCAUCAAAGGGCAAGGGACAAAGGAGCAGCAGGCCAAGUGGCUUCCGCUCGCAGAAACCAUGCAGAUUGUCGGCACAUAUGCUCAGACGGAGCUUGGGCACGGCACGUUCCUGCGCGGGCUGGAGACAACGGCAACGUACGACCCGGCUACCGAAUCGUUCAUCCUCAACAGCCCGACGCUGACGUCGACCAAGUGGUGGCCGGGGUCACUCGGCAAGACAGCGACGCACUGCGUGGUGAUGGCGCGACUCAUUACCAAAGGCAGGGACUACGGCACACACGCGUUCAUUGUGCAGAUUCGCGAUCUGGACACGCACCGCCCACUCAAGGGCAUCACCGUGGGUGAUAUUGGACCAAAGUUUGGCUACGACAGCAUGGACAAUGGCUUCCUCCGCUUCGAUUCCGUGGCCAUCCCUCGUGCACACCUCCUCUCCCGCUAUGCAAAGGUUGCUGUGGAUGGCUCUUACUCCAAGCCCCUCAACACCAAACUCAGCUAUGGGACGAUGAUCUUUGUGCGAAGUCACAUGAUCAUGGACGCAGCCCUCCACCUCAAGGCAGCAACAACGAUUGCUGUGCGCUACGGCGCCGUCCGCCGCCAGUCGCUGAUGGACGAGACGGACACGACCGAGUCCAAGAUCCUCGACUACACCGUGCAGCAGGAGACACUGUUUGAGCUGCUUGGUGCGGCGUUUGCAUUCCACUUUGCAGGACGCAUCCUCUCAGACCUCUACCACCGUCUUCAGGCGUCCCUCUCGUCCAACGAUUUGAGUCUGCUGAGCUACACCCACGGCACCACCUCCGGUCUCAAGGCCUACUGCUCAACCAUCACCUCUGAGGGCAUCGAGGCGUGCAGGCGGUGCUGUGGCGGCCACGGCUACAGCAAGUUCAGUGGCCUUCCCGAUCUCUACACAGAUUACGUCCCUGCAUGCACAUACGAGGGCGAGAAUGUCGUCAUGUAUCUGCAGUGUGCGCGCUAUCUCCUGAAGAUGGUCGCCGCCAUCGAGCAGAAGGAUCCCGUGCCCUCUGAUCUGGCCUAUCUUGGUGAUCGCUCACUGGCAGCGGCAGCCCGCAAGCUCACGUCAACACACGGUGUCAAGAAUCUGGACAAUCUUCUCCUCAUUCUUCGCGCAAUCGCCGUCGUCCGCAUCAUGGAGGCGCACGGGGCGCUCAUCUCUGCGCAGCAGCGGUACGCUACGAGCGGGCGCGCCUGGAACGCGUGUGCUCCCGUCCUCAUGAAGGCUGCACAGGCACACUGCAGGAUCAUGGUGUUCAACUAUCUGCUGGAAGGCGUUCGUGCUGCUCACCUCGAUGACAAGACACACGGUGUGCUGGUGUCGCUGACCCGGUUCUACGGCCUUCGUCUCGCUUCCUACGACGUCGUCGAGACAGAUGUGCUCACGCGCCAAGCCAUCGCCAACAUGAAGCAAGCGGCCGAGGAUGAGCGGACUGUGAUCCGACGCAACGCCGUUGCUCUUGUCGAUGCGUUUGAUCUCUCGGACUUUUUCCUCAACUCCGCCCUCGGUCGCGCUGACGGGCGCGUGUACGAGGCGCUCUAUGAAUACGCGCAGAAGGAGCCCAUGAACCAGCACGAGGUGUCGCCCGCUGUUGAGCAGCACCUGCUCCCGCUCAUGCAGACAACGCGUCGCAUCUUUGGCGGACAGAGCAAGCUGUGAUGCGACCCAUGUCUUCAGCAUGAUGACAAUGUUCAACAGGGAUGUGGUGAUGAUUUCGCUUCUGCUGAUGUUUGAUGCAAUUGAGGUUUUGUGUGGUGUGGUUGGAUGUUGAAUGUUGAUGCUCUACCAAUGUACUCUUCACUCCUGCUGUGGCCAUGAUGAAUGAUGAGUGGUGCGUGCAGUUGCUUCUCUGGUCGAUUUCACGCGUGUGCGGCGUUGGCGCUCAUGUAGCAGUGAAUACAGUGUUCAUGCUUUCCA